AUGCAAUGGCGCUUGGCCUGCGCCGGCGUUCUCAUCCAUGCACUACUGAUUUACUCGAUAUUUGAUAUUUAUUAUACAUCUCCUAUUGUAACCAAUGUACCAGCUCAUGAGAUCACAACCCGAGAUGCUCCAGCCAAGCGACUAGUGGUUUUUACUGCAGAUGGAUUACGCUUUGAUACAUUUGCCAAACAUCGCGAAAAAUCUCCUUUUCUACACUCGCUCAUCAGGGAACGAAAGGGCUCUUAUGCAAUUUCCCGCACCCAUGUACCAACAGAGUCGCGACCUGGCCAUGUGGCUAUUUUUGCUGGAUUCACAGAGGAUGUCAGUGCAGUUGCUCGUGGAUGGAAGCAUAAUCCUGUGCCGUUUGAUAGUAUCUUCAACAGGUCGAGGGAAUCGUGGAUGUGGGGUAGUCCGGAUAUUGUCACUCUUUUCGACAGCUGUCCUCGUGUGCACUCUUUUAUGUACUCGGAAAACGAUGAGGAUUUCGGAUCCAAUGAAGCAUAUAAACUCGAUGAAUGGGUUUUUAAUCACGUUGAGGUGAAGCCCUUUGUUACGUACCUUCUUUCGGACUUUGUUCGUAUUGGCGUGCCAUUCAGGACUUCUUCAAUCAGGCGAGAAAUGACUCCGAGUUAG